AUGGUCUUCGCACACAACACCCAGCAGGAUGCUGCCAAGGAUCCCGUCGUUGCUGACUCGCACACCCUAGAAGCCGAUGCAUCUAGUCAGGAGAAUGAUAUCAAAGGCACACGCUACGAUGUGACUGAAAUGGAUCGGAUGGGUAAGACCCAGCAAUUCAAGCGAAACAUCCAGUCUUUUGCAGCCCUCAGCUUUUCGGCCGUAUUGCAGUCUACGUGGGAAUACAUCAUGCUGUCGGACUAUGAAGGGUUACAAGAUGGCGGGUUGGCAGGGAUGCUGUGGACCUACGUCUGGAGUGCCAUUGGAUUUGGGUUCAUCAUUGUCUCUAUAUCUGAGAUGGCCUCAAUGGCGCCUACAUCUGGAGGCCAGUACCACUGGGUCUCCGAGUUCGCAUCCCCACGCUACCAGAAAUUUCUCAGCUACUUGACCGGCUGGAUGUCUGUCCUGGCAUGGCAGGCAGGAACCGCAUCGGGCUCGUUCCUGACUGGAACCAUCAUCCAGGGCCUGAUUAGCGUCCGUGACCCCGACUACGACCCCACUGGAUGGCAAGGCACAUUGUUUGUCUUUGCGAUGAUUCUGAUUGCGUUCUUCUUCAACAUAUACGGUGCGGCAUUCAUGGCUCGGAUGCAAAAUGUGCUUUUGGCAACUCACAUUUUUUGCUGGUUGGUCGUGGUGGUGACGCUUUGGGCUCUGGCUCCACUACAGCCCGCCGAAGCAGUGUUCACAAAGUUCGAAAACUUCGGUGGAUGGUCAUCUAUGGGUCUUACUGUAAUGGUUGGCCAGCUUGCCGCCAUCUAUGGCUGUCUCAGCUGCGACGCAACAGCCCACAUGUCGGAGGAAAUCAAAGACGCUGGCAGAUACGUGCCCAUUGCCAUCACCUGGUCUUACUUCGCCAACGCCAUCCUAGCACUAGUUGUGCUUAUCACGAUGCUCUUCGCAACUCCAUCCGUCGAAGACUCACUCAACGACGACACCGGCUUCCCCUUCAUUUACGUCUUCAAACAAGCCACCAACACAGCAGGCGUCAACGGCCUAACAGCCAUCAUCCUCAUUCCAGUCAUUAUAAGCAAUAUCCUCUUCAACGCAUCAACGGCACGACAGACCUUCUCCUUCGCUCGCGACCGUGGACUCCCAUUCUCCAACUGGAUCGCCAAAGUCGAUGAAAAACGCAAGCUACCAGUCAAUUCGAUCAUCCUCAGCUGCAUCAUCAGCGCGCUGCUGGCCCUGAUCAAUAUCGGCUCAGAGACCGCCUUUAACGCCAUCGUCUCCCUCAACGUAGCGGCUCUCAUGUUCUCCUACUCUAUAUCAAUGAGUUGCUUGAUAUGGAGAAAGCUUUUCCACCCGCAUACGCUGCCCCCUGCGCGCUGGGGACUGGGACGAUACGGUCUGACGGUCAACGUCAUUGGCUGGUUAUAUGUACUGUUUGCCCUGUUCUGGUCGUUUUGGCCCGAGUCGACACCUGUCACGACUGAGACGUUCAAUUGGAGUGUUGUGAUUUUUGUGGCGGUAUUUUUAGUGAGCCUUGUUAUGUAUGUGUUCCAGGGGAGACAUCAAUAUGAUGGGCCGGUGACGGAGGUGAAGAGAUGUGGAGACUUAUAGAUGUCUAAGACUUAUAUAGAGGUGACGCAAGUUGUAAACUAAAUACUAUGAUACAAUGGUUCCUGG